AGCAAUCUCUGCCUUCCUUCAAUCGGAGAAAGCAUUGGAGACAGAGCUACCAGUUGGUGAAAACACUAACUUCGCGAGUGAUGAUGAGACCGAUGCUAUAAGCAGAACUCCUUCGGGAGAGGCUCUGAUCAUAGUGGAAUUAAAAGAUACCAAUGUCCCUGCUGCUGAAUCUGUCAAGGAGGAAGGUUUUGACAUUAAUAGAUCUAGUGAAAUUACUGGUUUGAAGAGUGAACUAAAAAAUUUCCUGAAGAAAGCUGAAGAAAUGACUGCUACUGAUGUCUCACAUAGCUGAAAAUCAAGAGAGUAGUGCACAAUCUCAUUCUGCUACUGCUGAAACCGAUGCUCAAAAGAUACCUGAAAUCCAGCAGAGCUUUUGUAGCAGCACUGUUACCUCAGGAACUCCAUUUGGUGGACCUGCACCAGGAAACAAAUUUGAAGAUAUGUGCAGGGCUGAAGCUGCUGAUGCAGCAGGAAGAGGGAUGUUUGAUCAAGAAAGGUGUGAAGAUCCAAAUCCAGGAAAUGAACACUGUAUUCAUGAAUCUGUAUUAGUAUAUGAGGGGAAUACUGGAUUGGUGAAAAAUGCUGAAGAGAAAAAGAUACAUGAUGAUUAUUUUGAAAAUGAGUCUUCCCUGUCCUCAAAUAGAACAGGCACGGUUGAUGAUUCUAACUUGGUUGAAUCUAGAAUGGUAGGUUCUGAAAACAGAGGUAGCAAAGCCGUUUGUUCUGAGAUAGCUUCUCUGGCUGAUGUUUUUUCUUCUGCUAACCAUGCUGGCAAAAUUUCAAGUCGUAUGGAGCUUAAGAAGGUAUUGGAGAUGCAAGAACCUUCUGGAAACAUGAACUCUAUAAACUAUAAUUUGGAUGCUGAAGGAAUCAGUACUCCAGUUGUGGAAGACCAAAUAAAAGGGAAAUUAGAAAAUGCCAAUAUGGCUAUUGCCGACUCAGUUGAGGAGGUAAUUUUCAAUGAUCUCCUGAAUGAACUUGGUGAAAGUAUUGGUUUGAAGAGAGGAUCAGGAACUCCUUUGAAGACAUCUGAAAAACUGAGUGCUAAUAUGUUAUCUAAUGGAGAACAAAUUAUACUCACAGAGAGUUCUGUGAAAGCUGAAAGCAAGAACAUAGAACUGCGAUUGACGUUGCUGCUGCAAUAAAUGGUACACCAAACACUACAGGAAUGAAGUGUAGAUCAAGAAGUGAUACUGCUAAUCGCAGAACUUCAGAUGGACUUGUACCACAAG